AUGAGCAUCAGAGACGUCCUCAGCCCUGACGACAUAGAGGCAGCCCUGCAGGAGUGCCAAGACCCAGAUACUUUCGAGCCUAAAAAAUUCUUCCAGACAUCAGGCCUCUCCAAGAUGUCGGCCAGCCAGUUGAAGGAUUUUUUUCAGUUCAUAGACCAAGACCAGAGUGGCUACGUGGAGGAAGCUGAGCUUAAGUAUUUCCUCCAGAAGUUUAACGGUGAUGCUAGAGAACUGACCGAGUCAGAAACCAAGUCCUUAAUGGCCGCGGCGGACAACAACGGAGACGGAAAGAUGGGGGCUGAAGAAUUCCAGGAAAUGGUGCAUUCUUAA